GAUGAUUACGUUUUAGACGACUGUCGGUUAGGAUGGUGGAUAUUUUUUGUGUAAACAUAGAACAUUUCUUACUGGAGUUGUAUGAAAUACUAUGUCAAAAGUAAGAGUCUCCAGCCUAUAAUGGACUUGAUGUUUUUAUGACAACGAACUGCUUGUCAUCAUGAUGGUAACAUCGCAUGACGAUACCGGAAGCGCUGUUCGGGAGAAUCAUAGAAACGUCCCCAACUUUGAAAACAAAGAUUUUUCUCUGGACACUUCAUCUUGAUGAUCGGAUCGUAUCUUGAUGAUCGGAUCAAAGCAAGAGGGUUCACUGUGUGCUCAGCAUUGCCUCAAUGCUCUACUGCAAGGUGAAUACUUCACGGCGGUUGACCUGGCCUCGUUUGCCCAGCAACUGGAUGAGGCUGAGCGGGAGAGGAUGGCAGAGGGAGGAACAACAACAGCAGAGUACCAGCACUUCCUACAGCAACCAUCUUCAAAUAUGGAUGACAGCGGCUUCUUUUCCAUCCAGGUAAUCAGUAGGGCACUGGAAGUGUGGUGCCUCAGACUGGUGCCAGUAACAAGUCAGGAAUACCUGGAGACGUCUGAACAUCCCACCCAAGAGCAAGCUUUCAUCUGUAACUUCCGUGAGCACUGGUUGUCUAUCAGGAAACUGGGAUAUCAGUGGUUCAACCUGAACUCCCUUCUGAUUGGUCCCGAGCUGAUAUCCGACACCUACCUGUCACUCUUCUUAGCUCAGCUGCAACAGGAAGGCUACUCCAUCUACUCUGUGCGAGGAACCCUCCCUGAAUGUGAAGCUGAUGGAAUCUUGAGAAUAAGUCCAGCUGUGCAGCUGGAAAGACCAAAACUCAUCAGUGAAGUGAACAAACAGAGAGAAAAGGACGAGGGGAGAUCCAGUGAUGCCAGCACCGGGGAGCAGUCUAGUCAGGAGGAUGACCCAGAGCUGGCCGAGGCCCUGAGGAUAAGUCGGCAGGAGAAUGAGCUGGAUGACAAGUCGCUACAGGAGGCACUGAGACUCAGUAUGCAAGGUUAUUUAGAAAAUUCUCCCCAUCAAGGGCAGGACCUUAUGCCAGAGUCCUCUGUUGUCAGUAGCAGUGUGCCCCCCUCCCACCCCACACAGCAGACAACCUCUCACCCAACAAAGGAACCUGACCCUGUUGACCUUGAUGAGUUGAGGCAGCGGAGACAAGCUUUCUUUGAAAGACAACAGACAAACCCUGCAUCUCCAGACAAAGGACCCCCUGCAGAGCCAGGCCAGGACAGACCACACCCCGUGGAGAACGAUGUCUCCCCAGUGGACUCCUUACCUGACGAAGACUCCAGCAGGGAGGAACCAGCUGUGUCAGAGAUGACGGAGGAUGAGAUGCUUCAAGCGGCGCUGAAGAUGUCCAUGGAGGCCACUCAACAGGACACAAACCAAACACAGGACACCAACUCUACCUCCUAGCACUCCACAAGUAAUGUCAUGGGUUUUCCCACAUCCAGCCAUGGUGUGGUUCCAGUUCCAGUCUUCCAAAGCUGACUUUCAGCUGGCAUCCUAUCUUUUUGUCUUUUUCCAUUGGUCAUUUCCUCCCAGGAGACACAUGAAAUUCUCUGUACUGUACUUACGGAACAAUGAGAAAUAGCACUUUAGCCAUUUAGAAAACAGUCGCUACUGACAAAAAACUGCAAAAAAAUGAAAGUAUAGAUCAGGAGACUGCCAUGGAGGCCAUUUCAAACCUUCUAUCGGGGUUAUAAAAAACAAAAGUUUUGGUCUCGUCACUCUCUUCACACCAGAUAUCAAUGGUGGUGUUUAUAAUGCAUUCCCAUGUAUGUAUCAAACACAAUUAGAAUGUGUGUGAAGGUAAAUUUUUCAAUAGAGCUAAACUUACUGUUGGGCACAUGUAGUUGUUGCAGAAGGUCACAGGAGAGAUGUUGCAGUCUAGAAAACAUAUUUCAUGUCCCAUCCAAGAGUAGUUACUGGAAAGUACGGUUAAUCUACAUGCACAUCAGCUCCACAGAAUCAAUUGCUUCAUUGUUCUACACCUGUAUUACACUACAUACAUUAUGUAGGAGUUUGAAAAUGGGGACACCAUCUCAGGGUGGAUUGUUUUUCUUAUACCUAUGUCUUAUGUUUAUUGCUUUAUGUUCCUUGCAGCUUUUUCUCUUGAGUAAAUGUCACUAUUUUAUCAAUGGUUCAUGACAAAACUUGACUUAAUGUAAUGAGCCAUUGCCAAGUGCCAGCAAAGCUGUUAUGUUUUACUGAGAUUCUGUAUAAUGUUACAACGUUGUUGAUUAAAAGGUUUAUUGUGACAA